CUUUCACACUCACUUUAUUGUGUUUUAACAUGACUUGAAAGUUCUAGGAGAUGAUUAUUAUCCAAUAUAAAGUUUAUAAAAUUUUAUAAAAACUUUUACUACUCUUAGCAAUUUUUAUCAACUUGUCGGACGUAAACAAAGUGAAGGGCACAGCAAACUCAUAACUCAAUCAUGAAGAUCACGGUCAACAAGCAGUUGGUUCCAAUAAAGGCGCACUAUUUCUUCUUCAUGGCUUGUUUAGGCCCCAUACUUCCACAAAUCAACGUAUUCGGACGACAACUUGGCAUUUCCCCGUCUGUUAUGGGUAUUUUGCUAUCUAUUUUACCGAUACUUUACUUUAUUGCAAAGCCUUUGAUUGGCUUGAUGGCGGAUUACUUUAUGAAAGCUCGAAAAUUUAUUUUUAUGUCGAUAAUUACGGUUAUGACAGUCUCCUUUGCAUGUUACAUCUUUCUUCCACAUCAAACCAGCAGACUUAAGUUGAAUGUUACAGAAAUAAAUCAUUGCGAUUAUUGGACAAGCUUGCAUGUCGAAAAAUGCUUUAAUUUUCAUUUCGUAACAUGUUCAAGUCCAACAAACGUUACAAGUUUCAAAGUCAUCCAAUUGAAUGGAGAAGACAUUCUUUGCCAUGUCAGUACAAAUCUCACUUUUCCUGAACCUUCGAUUCUCGAAUGUAAAACGUCACAAGAUACUGAAGCUCCAAAUUGCUUCUAUAAAACGUGGAUAUUCUGGGCGUUUGUCUUUUUAACAUAUUUAGGAACAAUUGGAUUUAAUGUUGGUAACAGUAUAAGCGAUGCAAUCUGCUUCGACGUUCUUGGUGAAGAGAGACAAACAAAAUAUGGAAAGCAACGACUUUAUGGUUCUAUUGGCUUUGGAUUGACUUCACUUCUUGCUGGUUAUACUGUUGAUUUAAAUACAAACAACUUCACACCUGCCAUUAUAAUAAUGUUGGCAUUUGCACUUAUUGAUCUCUUUAUAUUAAAAAAAUUAAAACUUCCAAAACUUUCAUCAUCUGAAUCAAUCACAAAAGAUGUUGGAAGACUUUUGCGUAACAAGAAAAUAGCAAUUUUUUUAAUGUUUGCAACAAUUGCUGGAAUUUUUGAUGCGUUCAUCUUCUAUUACAUGUUUUGGCAUAUUGAAGAAGUUGCCGAACGAACAGGAAUGAAAGAUCAUAUCAAACUUAUUGAAGGAAUGGUCGUCGCUGCUGAAUGUGUGUUUGGUGAAGUUUUAUUCUUCGUUAUUUCGGGGAAGAUUAUUAAAAAACUUGGAUACAUUCAUUGCAUGACUUUCUGCUUUUCCUGCUAUGCUCUGAGACUCUUCCUCAUUUCAUUAAUUACAAAUCCUUGGUAUCUUGUCAUCAUUGAAUUGCUGAUGCAAGGCUGUACUUAUGCUUUAUGUUACACUUGCAUCGUUGCUUACGCAUCUGUCAUUUCACCACCUGGAACAUCGGCAACAAUUCAAGGUUUAGUAGCAGGAAUGGAUGAUGGUUUGGGGUUCUCAAUUGGAGCACUUUUUGGUGGAUUUUUAUAUCAGGAAAUUGGAGGCAAGCAAAGCUUUCAAAUUUUUUCAAUCAUCGCUCUUGUAACGUGCAUCGCUCACUUUAUUCUUCGACCAGUAUCGACUCAUGAAAUACGAAACGCAAGAGACAUGAAUAAUGACGAAACGAAGACAACUUCAAAGACUGAAGAAUUAAAUAAAAAUGAAUUAGAAGAAAAAAUUUUAACUGAAGUAAAUUAAUAAAAACAAUUCUGAUGAUCGCAAAAAGCAAU